AUGAGUUUGGGAUGGCUGACGGAAAGUUCUCUGAUCCCCAAGGAGCCGAAAUCCAUCAGCGGCGUCGGCGCGGCGUCCUUGCUGAACCUCCAAGCUGUGGUCUACGAGCGGGAGCGCAAGGGCAACGUUCCCUCCGCGAAGCGGCAGCGCAUCAUCGCCGCCGCCUCAGGUGACUUUACCGGAAUUUUGCCUAAAAGUGCCGCCGCGCUGGUUGCCUUCCGUUGCAUGCAGGCAAUUUGCUUGGCCACCGAACACAAGGUCAAGUGCAGAGACCUCGGGGUCGAGCAAUGGGGCUUCAGAGGGCUCUCGGACCCGGGUUCGGAGCCUCAAGCGCUUCUACAGGAACUCAGUCUGGGCCUUCGAAAUGAUUCAGUCAGACUGGUGAUCUUGGAUGCAAAUUGUUGCAUCCCGGAUACGGAAAAUGCGAGCCUGUUGGCUCCCAGGCGUAUGUCGUCGUACUGGGCCAUGGUUUUGUCGCUGACUAGUGAAACGGUCGUCGCCAAGGUACAGUCCUUCUUGAGAUCUCAGGGCUUCAAUGCCAGAAGAGUUUCAGAAAACUUGGUGAGCUCCCUCUAUAUGGAGGAUGACAGGCUGCGCGGGGUUCAUACGGCUGCAGGGUAG